CUCAUCGAUCAUUCGAAAUCUCAGUGGCCAUUUAAAUGUUUUACUGGCGAAAUACUCCCACUCGAUAUCGCUUUCAGUUUACUCCAGCCCAUAAACCUCCCACCCAUCCAUCACUCGUGCGCUACCAGGUGUGGUGACGAUGACAACGCGGAAGUGAGUUGUCAACAUCACAGGAGUCAACUGUCCUCAGUCAGCCACGAUGUCCGACGACGAAGAUGUCCGAUACUGUCAGCGAUUCUCCUACAUUUUACUCAAAUUUAUCCUGUUCGCUUAUGCCAUCGUCUGGUGGUUGAUAGGUGGCUUCAUCCUGGGCAUUGGCAUCUAUGCUGAGGUGGAGAGACAACGCUACAAGACAUUGGACGGAGUGUUUUUGGCCCCGGCUAUAAUCCUGAUCCUCCUGGGAAUCAUCAUGUUUAUUGUUUCACUCAUUGGAGUCUUGGGUUCACUGAGGGAUAAUCUAACCCUACUGAAAGUGUUCAUGUACACCCUAGCUGUGUGUCUGAUCCUGGAGCUGCUCGGAGGAAUCAUGGCGCUGGUGUUCCGCAAUCAGACUGUGGGUUUGCUGAACAAGAACAUACGAAAAGGCAUAGUGAACUACUAUGAUGACCUGGACUUCAAAAACAUCAUGGACUUUGUACAGAAGAGGUUUGAGUGUUGCGGAGGUCAAGAGUAUACAGACUGGUCGGUCAACAUGUACCACAACUGUUCUGCACCCGGUCCAUCGUCAUGCGGUGUCCCAUACACUUGCUGCAUUACUACUAAGCCUAAUGAAGUGGCCAACACUAUGUGUGGCUACAAGGUGUUGGAAAAAGAGCGUUUGGACUUGAUUAAAACCAUCCAUAUCCGAGGCUGCACUGAUGCUUUCUUCAUCUGGCUGAUGGACAACUAUAAGAUCAUGGCUGGAAUGCUAUUAGGGAUCCUACUACCUCAGUUCUUUGGUGUGAUAGCCAGCUGGCUCUACAUGACUCGUGUUGAAGACGCCAUCAGUGAGUACAGUCACUACAUGGACCUGCUGACCUCCAAUGAGAAUAAAAGGGUUGCCAAGAGGCAGGGCCAUGUGGCAAAAUGGUUUAUGUGUAUGCCAGAGGUCUGAUGGAGAUGACGAACGAUAAGCAGCAAAUGGACUCCAGCCAACACUCACAGUUGGUUAAGUCAAUCCAGAUACUGCUGCAGACACUGUGGGAGACUACCUUUGACUAGAAGGAAAUGUUAUGCAACCAAAUUGAUUGUUUGAUAGUCAAGUGUUGCUUUUUCAAUUUUACUGUAAAGUUACUGCAUGUAUCCAACACAAAAUAAUUAGCAGGGCCCAUUGAUGUGUUAAUUAAUAUUACCGUGUUAACAUACAGUGUAUGAAUGCAUGAGUGGGAAAUGAUGGCUCAUUUAGAUUUGCUUUUAGCUGCAUUGUGCCCAAAAGAGUCUCAGGGAUAAACGCAGAAACCAAUACAACCACUUUUGCUUCUUUUUUACAAUAUGACAAUGAAAUCAGUCUGUCGAGUUCAAUCACACAACCACAAUAUACAGCACUGACUUUUUUUUGUAUAGCUUUAUUACCUGUGUUCAUUGCUUGUUUUUUGCCAGCAAUUAAAGCAUUGCUCUGCUCCUCUAUACAACCAGCGGUGAAGCAGCUCCUGUCAUCCACACUGCUUUUGCCAAAAACUCAAAUGCAAGAUAUUGUAGGCUGAGACACUAUAUCUCUCUAAAGCUCCAUUUUUUUGGCCUUAUUUGUAUAUAGAACUUGAAAUACUUUGAGAGAGUGCCCUGCACAUUAUGUUCACAAGUGCUGGCUGAACCUUCGUGAUGUGUCCAGCACAACAAGUGUUGCCUCUAACAACCUCAGAAAUAUAUUAACUAUUCAUCUUCAGUCAACUUACUGGAAGAAUUGAGAAAAUGAAGGGGAAGAGGCUGACCUGCAUGCAGGGCCUGAGUCUGCUUUAAGAUGAUCAGUUUUACGUUGAUUUGUAAGAUGAAUGCUAAUGCUGUGCCACUCUUAGAAUAAGAGGAUAUCUCAAGGUUAUUAAGUACAGCAACCCUCUCGGUUUAGAGUUUAUGUACCACUAACUUGCAACAGUAAAUCUAUCUGUGAGACACACAAUUGCACCUGAAUUAUCUUUUUUUUUUUUAUCGAUAUGACAAAAUGUUUUUAGGGAACACAUUCUGCUAAGAAAGCAAGAAGUACUAGCCAAUCAGAGGCAGAGUAGGGCGGGGCUUCGCAGAAUGCGGGUAGGGGCAAAAAAAACAAACUACCGUUAAUAACGGGGCACGCAACUGACAAUGGCUGUGAAACAGGUCAUUUGGCAUGCAGAUGAGAGGGCUCAUCAACAUUUCCAAAAAAGCUCUCUUGCACACAUAUUGCUGUUGUGCCAUUGGUUAAGCUACCCCUGCCUUAGAACACCCUACAACAUAUAAUACAGUGUGAUUUGUUUGUUUUACAGAUAUGCACUUGCACAAGUGAAUAAUGUGAAUUUAAUGUAUUACUGAACUGUUUGGUUUGAAGUGAAGUUAAAAACUUAGAACCAAAUACAAAAUAUUUGUUGAAUUAGAUUUUUUUCUUAUUCAAAUUUCCCUUUUGUUUUUGUCUUUGUGACUUCCCACUACAUUCUUAGUGAUACUAGUAUAUUCUGUACUGUACUUACAUCUCUGCUGUUUCCAAGUAUUUCAAAUUGGUUCUUGUCUGUCGUUCAGUAGCACACGAGAGGAUCAGGCCAAACAGGACUUACCAAGGUUUACAUGUUAGCCUGGUUUUUCACCAGAGGGUCAAGUCCAUACAGUGAUUGACACGUUUAAUGUGUACAGCAUGGAAGAUGUUUUCUAAACAUGUAAUAUAACAUAAAGAAUAUUUGAGUGAUUGUGAUGACCUUUCUGUAACUAUCAUUACUAUAGGCUAAAAUCACAGUUUAAGUGCCAGUGUUGUCAAUUUAAAGGGAUAAGAUUAUAAACCGAUGUACAUCCCAAGUUAUCUUAUUAGUUUUGUAGUUGCGAGGACAUUUUGUACACCACUGCUAUGUAUCCCAUGUACUGUGUGCACAUUGUUUUUCAUGUGCUAAAUACAAGUGCAUACAUUAAGUACGGGGGCCGCCUUACUGGGAAUUGCAUCAUCUAUUUUUUUUUUUUAAAGAGUGUCAGUUCAUUGAGUUGCACAAAACCACAUGUACUGAAAGAAGUGUGUUAAGUUGUUUUGCAUGGUUAAGGGUGGAAAAUAAAAUGAUUUAAUGCUGGUUUGUGUUUUACCAUUUAGUUGACUAUAGCACUGAAUGGAUCUUUCUGUAAAGGGAUAUCGGGGGGGGGGGGGGGGCUGUUAAAUAAAUGUUGGCUGACACAGUAUCACGCUGUGUAUUUUCUAGAGCAGGUUUCCCCCUGAGUCACAAACGGGAUCUAAAUAUUUCAUGCAAAAGUAUUCAGAUUUGUUUGUGAAAGGUCCAAGUAUGAAUAAAAGACGAAACAUUAGAGAAAGGAAAUGAGUUUGUUCACAGAGAUUUCUACAAGUUUGUGUCUAAUGUUUAAAAAUCAGUUUUUGUUUUUAAUACCAAAAUAUUUCAGUGAUAAGUGACUCGGAGAAAGAGGUUGGGAAACAGAAAAUGUCUAUGAAUAAACAAAUCCCCCAAAAUACGAAAAUGAACAAUGUACUCCAUAGAGUUUAAAUCACAACAAAAUGUAUUUGUUAAUUAACAUUGAAAACGUAAAUGAAUAGAUGAGUAAUCAAUAAUAGAGCCAUUAUGCAGAUGAGAAUUUGAUUCCUUAAGAAACAUUGACGUGCAAAACAUUUGCUGAUCUCAGCAUUACUUUGCUGUGGUUCUUCAACUGUGUUACACAUUGGAGGAGCUUGUGUGUAAAGUGAGAGGGAGCUCUGGCAAUGAGGAGUGUGCAGAGUGGUUUGGUGUUUGUGUUGUAUUCAUUCUUAUUGUUACACCGUUGUCUCCUGCUGCUUUGAGGACUUCCUGCUAGAUGGAACCUAUUAAUAUUUUACUCCUAACACCACCAAAUGAUCACCAACAAGGAAGGAAGAAGCUGUUUUGAAUGGUCUUGUAGGAGUGAUCAUGUUGCUCUGCUCCACCAACACUGAACUUAAAAUAACUUGUUUGGUUUCUUCCCGCCUGCUCUCAUUUUCUCGACAACUCCCCAAUCAGAACAUAUAUUUGUAUUAUUAAAAUCCCACUCUCAUAGCAGUCACAGCUGUGAGUCCUCCAACACAUUUUUUGUUGUGGAUUUAAAGCGCUAUGUGUCCAAAUGAAAAGUGACAUUACAAGUAUGUAUCUCAGAAAUGAGAAUACAUUGGCCAAUGACGCAUAGGCCUGCAGUGUCAUCGCAGAUCUGUCACUUGAAUAUUCACUUGUAAUGGUGUGAUCAUGCAGCCGAGCAGGUGAGAGCAAUGUUUGCAUGAGAUGUAACAGAUCCUUAAAUACAGUGCAUUUGACACCAUUCGAAAGUCUUCCAGUAUUUAUGUAACACUGCCAAACUCCACCAACACCCAUGUUGCUUACAUUUCCAGUGUGUUGCAUCUGAUAGAUCAACAUCCUAAACCGUAGAUCACCCUGCCUCGUUAAAAGCCUCCGAAGGAGACCAGAUGUGUAUUAAAAUAUAUUGUCAGUUAAACCAUCUAAACUUGUUCAGGUUAGUCUGACCUGCCAAACACCCAUCAACCAGCAACACCACUCCACCCUCUGCCUUGCUACAUAAAAGGCUCACUAUUUCAUGCAUUAACGCUAAUGUUGGCAUUGGACGUAAAUUGUGAGCUGCAUCAUCCAAUAUCUACAUUAUUCCUUAUCAGUUUCUCACACUGCACAGAAUCAGUCUAAUAGACUCACUAUAUGGUUAUGUUUUUGAAAAAAAAAAAAUGUAUAUGUAUGCCAAUUAAAUUCUUCUCAAGAAGUAUCUUUCAUUAGUGUUUAAAAUAAUAUAUAUUGCACAAUUCCAUCUUCAUUCUUCUUCCUCUGCAUCUACCACAGUAUAGUGUCUGUUUCUCCUGUGAGACUUUGAGUUGAUGUGUGUGACUGUCAUGUCUGCCCAUCUCACUCUCAAUCUGUCAGUCCUUUGACAUUCAUGUCUCCUCUUCAGCUGUUCACCUUCAACCACGUGAGCAGACAGAUGUACAGGCAGCAGAGGAGAGUAAAGGCUGAGAGUAAAGUCUUAUAUAUAUGACCGUAUAGCUGACAGAAGGUGACAGCUAUAGAUAUCCUUUAAUCUGUUGUCUAUUUUGAUAUAUUUUUUGUAGUAACUACAGCCUUUUCGUAAUCUUCCCAUUUAACAUAUAUUGUGACAGAAAGGUUGUCCAUCUGUCAAUUCUCACUCCAACAGUCCGUAACACACUGACACAGAGGCAUAAAUCCACCUUCAGUGUGCUGUCUUGUCAAGGGCGGCUUACACGACUUUCACUUCACCUGCUUUAAAGCUAUGAAAUCAAUUAUUAUCUGAAUACUGUUGUAUUUUAUCUUGUACACCUUCCUGAGCCAAAUGUAUUCGUUUUUUUCUAAGUUGCAGCCAACGCUUGCACUGUCAUGUCUUAUUAGUACUGAGUUGAUUCAAGUUUUUAUUUCCUGUUUGUUUUUAUUUACCUCUCUCAAACACAAUAGUUAUCUCUUCAUAGAAAGGUGCUGAAGACUCCUAUAAACACACUAAUCUCCCAGUGGAGAAGAUUUCAAACUCUUAGCUUUUUCUCAGCACUGCAGCAACUCUGGAGUCUGAAGAGGAGAUCAGCUCCUGCAGUGUUAUCUAUCAUCGCUGUCAAACUUUAACCAAACAUACACCAGAACUGUCACACAAGCCAUACUCUUCUAGGAAUAUUUGGACCCACCAAGCUGGCCAACACACACACACACGCGCACACACACACACACAGUUUCCUCCUACCCAUUCAACCUCUACUAAUGGACUGCUUGCAUGAAGUUAAUGGUCCUAGCAUAACUAUAACAGUGUUAAAUUAAAUGCAUGCUCUAGUUGACAAAGCCAAUAAACUCAUUUGAAAUCAGAGCCAGUGGAAUAGCAGUGAAGCACUUUACACCAUAUUUGACACAUUCAAAAUCAAUCAUGAGCUCAGAAGUUAUUAGUACAAACCUUCAGAUAUGAUUUGAAGCAGCAAAUUUAAGACUGAAAGCUUCGGUUUGUCAAAAAGAAGAUCAUCUUUAAAAAAGUAAUAAAACAAACGUAAGGCGGCAGGCAAAGUAAUACAUCUUUACGUUGACAUAAUGCACUCAUUUUGUUAUAUAACAGCAUGAAGUUCAUUUUACUCUCCAGAAGUUUUCCAAUUUUUUUCCCCUAAGCAAGUCGUUAAUGUUCAUUUAAAUUCCAUUUAACUGCCUCUAACAGAUAUACGAUGGGUUGUUUGCUAUUAGCGUGUGUCUUAAAAGUUCAAUCAAAGAGCUAAUGAGGACAUGGAUAGAUCUUCUUCUAAUUAAUUGAGCUGACAGGGAAAGAUUUUUUUUAUUUUUUAUUAAUAAAACAUUUAUCCAGAACAAAAGUUAACUAGUAAGAGAAUGCCUGCUCAAGACUAGUGGAUCCAUGCGUGAACAUUGCCAUUCACCAUUUUUCAUAUUUUUCUUGUAGGAAAUCAGAAACCGUGGAGUAUUUGGCUUAUUAUCAAAUUCAUUAAUAUAAUUUUGCCAAAACAGAUAUAUUCUCCUAUCUUUUCCCACUUUGUAGACACAGACACCUGCACACACACUGACACUGUGUCACUGUGUGCAAUAAUGUGUGGGAGGGUGCUGGUCAUCUAUUAGUCUGGUGGAAAGCCCAGUGUCAGGUCUGAUGCUGGCAUUUAGCUCUGCACAACAUAACAAACUAAGCUAAUCAGUCAGUGUAGACAGCAGCAGGAACAUAGAUGGAGAGGUGUGUCGACACCUCUGGUGCCAUAGAAGCCACAUUUAUAUACUUCUCCAACUAUGACUGCAAAGAAAUUAGAUAUUUAUUCAUCAGCGCAGGCCAAGCAGACACACUGUUUUGAAUAUGUCAACCAAAUGACCACACCAUGAAAACCAAUAUUAUGUGAGACUCAUUCAUUAGUCUGGUAUCAGUCUGAUGUGAUGCUGGCAUUUAACAUUGAUGACACCACUCAAUACACUAACAACAGGAAUAGAGCGAACCACCACAGCACAACAAAGAUUUAAUCAUCCAGAUAACAUGAAACAAAUUAUAUUUUGGAUAUUUUCCCAAAUGGCAAACGUCUGCUUUUACUUAACAUGUAAACAUGCCGUCAACACUUAAUCAUCUUUAAUGUCCGUACAGCAUCUCUUUUCUUUCUCUUAUGUACACUCAAUAAUUGAAAUGGUCAUGCAGUAAGGGAAACUGAAACGUAGUUUUAUAGAUCUGGAUUCAGGCAGUUUUCUGGUGAAACCCCAAAUGAAGAGUGUGUUUUCUUUAAUAAAACUUGGCCCCAGGUGACUCUGUUUGGGUUACUAGUAAAAGAACAUGAACCAAUGAGCUUGAAAAUUGAAUUCUCAGCUAGAGAAUCUAUAUGAUGGAUAGAAUCUAAAAGAACAAACAAAGAUUUGUGAUUUAUUAAUGUUUCUCACAUUUCGUGGCGAUCCAUGUAGUUGUGGAGGCACUUCACUCAAAAGCACAAAUACGUCAUUGUUUCCACUAAAAUCAUAAUGCUUCAUCCUCCGGGCACCAUGACUGUUUGUACACCAUUUCAUGGUAAUCCAUCCAAUAGUUAUAAACUUACAGAGUUGUUUCAGUUUGGACCAAAGUGGUGGGCCAACCAACAAUCUGGCAUUGCUUUACAUCAAGUCAAGUGGCUAAAAGAUCACAAAACAGAUCAUAAACAUAUUUCACAGACAUACAGAAUACACACUGAUAUCACUCUGAGCUAAAAAAACUGGAUUUAUCGGUAAUGCCAUCAGAUAUUUUCAGCUGCCUCUGUCUUGUUUAGGGACUUUUAAUUGCACUUUUAGCCUAAAUUCUCCACCAGCAGAGCUCAUUGUGUCAAAAGUACAACCAGAAAGGAAGCAGUUCUGAUUGCAGGAGGAUGUUGGCUAAUUGUGCUGAUUGUAACUGUAGUUAUAUACGACACCAAAAACAGUUCAAGUUAUCUAUUAUCUUUGCAGGUUUUAUCUAUAAAUUAAACAUGAAAUUGAAAAUGACGGGUGAGAUGAAGACAGUGAAAUGUGGGGGUCAUUACACUGUCUGUGUAUGAUCAUUUUACACAAGCACAGACAAUACUGUUCAUCUAUUUUUGUUGAACUCCGAUAGUGACAGCUGCACACUUGUUUUUGGUUUUGUUCAUUCGUUUUGUGAAACGUUAUUUUACUUUGUACUUCUGGGCCACCAUCGUAAAUGCCUCCUAUUGUAUUAGAGUUGAUCUGAAAAUACCAUUUCACUGGUGUAAUAUACUUCAGGGGAAACAUUGUGUUGCUAUCACUGCAAAGGCAAAGUUGUUGUCUCUGAGGUCAUUGCAAAACAGUCUGCACAAGCUGUUACUCUAAAAUGCAGUGACAACCACUUUUAUUCCAUAUAUUUGAAGUUUCCCAGAUGAGUACGCCUCUUCAUGUGCUCCUGAAGCUACUGAAAUCAUCAUUUUCAAAACAACAUUAAAAUACAACAGUGUGUGCUUUCAGUGUGUAUCAUUUGGCUGCAUGUCAUGAGGAUUUUUGUCAUGUACUGAUUUUCAUGCUUGAUAAUUUGCUUCAGUGCAGAAUGUGGUUUUAUGGUGUUGAUGUAGUUAAAUAUAAAAUAAGUCCUCAGCUUAGUUUUAUGAAACAAUACAAACUAUUUGCUGUUGUUGCUGAUUGUAUUUAUAUCUGCAAGAGGUGGGGUGAAGGUUGCAUGGAUUGCACACUAUAGAACUCGCAUUACUGGGAGCAGUGACUGUGAAACAGAACAGUGAUUACUAAGUCAGAUGCAUGGCAAAGAUUAAGGACCAUGCUACGUAACAACAGUUCAUGAAUACUGAAGCAGCAGAGCUGUAGUGUUGGCAAUAGCGAUAGUGAAGAAGAAGAAAGGCCAGUUCAAGCUUGAUGAAUGAAGUGGCAAAAACCUUCCCCUCCUUUUAUAACUUCUGUCCAGAUGCCCUCCAAAACUUCUGUCACAUUCCACCUCUACUGGUGGAGCUGCUCAGUGACCAACUAUUCAUGGUUGUGGUGGUGGUGAAUAAAUGUGAAGAGGUAGAUCUAUAUGCUCUUUCAUACAAAUAACUAAUGUACUAAAAAAUAGAAAACUAUAAUAAUUACCAGUGUAUUUCUUCUUUUAGCAAUUUGCCUUCUAUACAAAGUGACAUGCAACAAAGGUCGAACCAGAUUCAUCAACAUCACCAGAAAGCUCCAGAAAAAAC